GGCCCGGGUGGCGGGCGCCGGGGCAGAGCGUCCUAGCAGUGUCACAGCGUGGGUUGGCUUGAGCGGAGGAGCGUGAGCGAGCGCGUUGCCCGGAGUGCACCUGCUACCUGUCCUGCCCAGCCAGGGAGUCCCCGCAGCCGUCGCCCCCGCCGUCGAGCCGCCAUGGAAGUGCAGAAGGAGGCGCAGCGCAUCAUGACUCUGUCGGUGUGGAAGAUGUACCAUUCCCGCAUGCAGCGCGGUGGCCUGCGGCUGCACCGGAGUCUGCAGUUAUCGCUGGUCAUGCGCAGCGCCCGAGAGCUCUACCUCUCAGCCAAGGUGGAAGCCCACGAGCCCGAGGUGCCCUUGCCGCCUGUCCGCUCCCCUGAUCCUCGCCUGCACCAGUCGCGGGAAGUGGAAACUGUCGCCGAGGCAGCGCCCCCCGACGGUGAGCAGCCCUCUCCGGAGCCCAUGGACACGCGGGAGGCGCCGCCAGCCGAGGAGACCCCGGCCCGCUGUGCCUCACGCCCCGCCAAAGUCAGCCGAAAGCGGCGAAACAGCAGUCUGAGUGACGGCGGGGACGUCGGACUGGUCCCAAGCAAGAAAGCCCGUCUAGAAGAAGAGGGGGAAGGAGCCUCUGCGGAGGUCUCUGAUCGCCUGCAGCCACCUCCCGCGCAAGCCGAGGGCGCCUUCCCGAACCUGGCGCGCGUCCUCCAGAGGCGCUUCUCCGGCCUCCUGAACUGCAGCCCCGCCGCCCCCCCGACGGCGCCGCCGGCGUGCGAGGCGAAACCGGCCUGCCGCCCCGCGGACAGCAUGCUGAACGUGCUCGUGCGGGCCGUGGUGGCCUUCUGAGGGUCCCUGAGCGGCGCCACCGGAGCCCAGAGCGCGGGCCGAACCGUCGGCCGCAGAGCGCAGACCCGAGGCGAGGUCCAUCCCCGGGGGAGUGCCCGCCGAAACCGUGGAGAGGAGCUGCUCCCCCAGGCUGCGGAGAGGCCUGAAGAGGGACUCUGCCCCCGGGGAGCCGUCGCCGCCUGUGUGCAGCGGCGGCGCCGAGGAGCCCGAGCCGGGAGCGCGAGCACCUUCCGCCGAGACCUGCUGCGCCCACAGGUGCUGUCUUAACGGACUGGGACGUGGACCUUUCCCUCUCUCCUUCUGGGACUGGGAGCAGGGAGGCUUGGUUCUUUAAACUCCUCAGGGUCGGACUUUAUUUUUCAGUGGGAGCUGUGCUGCCCUUUCAAGGUUUUUCAAUAGUUGGUGUUUGCAUUUCCAACCUCAGAAAAUAAUUCCAGGCAGGCGCUCCCCUUCCCCCACCGAGUGACAUACUUGUGCAAGCGGUCAUCGUUGCGUCAUGGGGCAGACGUGGGGAGCUUCCUGUUGCCUUGCGUGGGUGUGGGGCCUGGGAGGAGGGUCUGGGGUGUGGACCGCCCUGGGGAAUGGGAGGAGGGCCUCCUGAGUCACCUCGCCCCGCUUACUGCGGGUUUGUGCCCCGCGCCCCUGAACCUUCGGGUGAAUAGCGGCGGGGGGCGGGGGUGCUGAUCUAAUUUCAGGUUACAGUUUUCUCAUCUGGUGCGUUAGAGGUGGGAAUAUGUUCACUGUCUCAAGCGUGACCAUCUCUCAGACACACAGACACAACCCAGACGGUCCUGGUCUGAAUCAUAAAAAUCGGUGCGGGUGUUCAGAGCUCUGUAACGCUGAGCUGGGACCAGUUCCUGGUGGGACUGGGCCAGUUUGGGGAGGGGAAGAUUCUUGCCAGGGCGUCCUGAGGCCUGUUUACCUUUACUGUGGUGGAUUCUGUUUAAUUUCAUCUAUCUGGUUUUCUGCUAGAAACGCCAGAUAAAAUAAAGACCAUUUGAAUAAAGU